AAAUGAUUGACAGUUUAGCAGCGAGAUCGAUAAUUAAAGCCUCAUACUUGGAUAAGAGCUUUCAUUAACAUUUAACCUUAUUUGAUUUUAUCAACGUAAUUAUUGUGCAAUAAAAUUACUUUAUAACCGGUUUUUUUUUUUACGAUGUAUAAUAUAUUUCCAAAGGAGAAAUUAAUUUAAGACGAUGUUCGAGUGGGCAUACGAUGGUAUAAACAGCUCUAUACCGCGCAAUGUUGGUCCAGAAUGCGCGAAUUACCUGUCUCUGAAGCGAAAGAUAAUAGAAACACUAUUUAUAUCUAUAUUUAUUAUAUCCUGCAUUGUAUGGGGCCUCAAACAUGUAACAUUGCCAAAGAAAGUAGCCUAUGUCAAUCAGGACUAUGUAGGCAGACGAAUCUUGCUAAUUCUAAUGUCACUAGUCCUAGGAAUGGAGAUUGGUUUUAAGUUUACUAGCAGGACUGUCAUAUAUUUGUUAAAUCCGUGUCAUAUUACAACAGCGCUACAGUUGUAUCUGCUGGCUGCAGAUCCUAGUCCAACAGUCACUGCUAUCUUCAGGAUACAUUUGAAUCUAUUGAAUGGACCAGUAUUGGCAUAUUUGUUUCCAGAAACAGAAUCUAGAAUUAUAUUUGCAGAUAAAGCAAUGUAUUAUAUUCAACAUGGUUUGAUGCUAGUAAUACCAUAUUAUUUGUUGAAGAUUGGAGGUGUAUAUAAUAUUGAGCCUUUCUUUGAUAUGAGCUGGUCAGUCCUCAGUUAUGGCCUCAAUGCAGGAUAUCACUUUUGGAUUCUUCAAAGUGUUGCCUUGCCUGUACAGGUGAAUCUUAGUCACAUGUUGUGCGCAGCUGUUUUGGAUCCAUUUGAAGGUCAAAAUUAUCGAAUAUGGGCAGUAACUCAUCAAGCAAUAUUGUGCCCCACAUUAUCUAAACUCUUUAGUUGUGGAUCCAAUUUUUUCUUAACCAAAUUUUCACUAACUAAAGUUAAGUCAACAUUAGAAUCAACAUUAGAAUCAACAUUAGAAUGUACAAUUUCAAAGAAGAAUUGUACAAAGGAACAGAAUGAGAAAUUACAUGAAGACUCUAAUACCUCAGGAAAUGGCCAUACACAUUUUGAUUAAUUUGAUGGCGGGAAUUGUUAUAUCAAAGGUAUAUGACACUUCGUCUUGAUCGAAUUAACGCAUUUAAUUAUAUCUGUUAUGCAAUUUUUAAACAUCAUCUAUAGGAAAGUCGAUAAAAAAGGGAGAAAAUUAGAUUGUAUAAGUUUAACUUUUCAUUAUACACUAAACACAUAACGCGAUGAUUAAUAUAUUCCCAUUAUACAUUUUUUUUUAUUGAAUUUAAACUCAAGAAAACUUAAUACAGAAAAAAAUACUAAACAAAUAACUUGAUACAAUUGUUGAUCAUAUUGGUUUCAUUAGUCUAUCAGAUACUGAUCGAUAAAUAGUCAAUUUGAAAUAUGAAUUUCUGUCCAAAUGCUUAUCAUGCCUAGUGCUGUGCAUAGAUUAAGAAUCUCAGAGAUAGUGUGAGGCUUAAGCUGACAUCCAAUAAUAGUUAAUCAUACAUAGGCAAUCUUAUAAUUACAUUAUAUAUCUUUUACUAAGUAAAAAUACAUUAUAAAUGAACCAUCUCAUGCAUUUUUACAUUCACUUUUGCUGUGUGAAAUAAAAAUGAAAAUAUUCAAAUAACGAAACUGCAAUAUUAUAUCUACAUAAUAUAACAGGUAGGCAAAAGUUUGAGAUUUUAUGGUGAAUUUUCUUAAUAAUAUAAUUCGAAAUGCAUUAAGAUAGCUUAAUAUCUGCUCUGAAAACACAUGAUGAUAAUAAGUAAACAGAAAAAAUUUUGUUUAAAUUUAUUAAUAAUCUAAUUAUUUAUAUUCAUGUGUUGUAUUAUUAAUAUUAUAUUAAUCAUUAUUUAAAGAAUAUAAGACUAAUUUUUAUUUUUGCUUCUUUUUUUCAAUCAUAAUUUCUACAAGUAUUUUUGAAAAUUAUAAUUUUAAUUGUAUUUCAUAUUGAGAUAAACACUGUUUAAAUACAUAUUGUCUAAAUUAUAAAAAAAUUUGCAUGAAUGUAUUGAGCAUGAAGAUUUAUAACUAAUACUGCCUAUAAGGAAGACAAAUUGUGAAAUCUUCUUUUGCAGUUUAAAAAUAUAUAUAUGAUGUAGCCACAUAAUAUUUUGACAACAAAAAUUGUCUUUUAUGUUUGAUUAAUAAUAAUCCAGAAGCUCCAUAAAGAGCUGACAAAACAAUUUAUGUAGCACAUAUUCAAUGCUUUUAUUUUAAUAAAAGCAUAAUUCUAUUUGCGAAACUGGUCAUGUAUAUAAAAAUAUUUUUAUAUGACAGUUCCUACGAUUUAAUCCUUUACUAUACGCGUUCUCAUAUAUAGAAAUAUAUUUGCACUAAUGUAAUAUAGUGAGAAAAUUUUAAAAGAUAUACUUUUUAUAGUAUGUAUGGUAUAUUAUGCAAUAAAGAAAGUAGGAAUAAAGUACAGAUAUAAAAUGAAAAUACAUAGUUACGCUACUUAACACGACUUCGUAUUUAAAAACUGUAUAACACGUGCAAAUUAUAAAUUAAUCCUUUAAAAUAAACAGAAAUUGUAACUAUUUUGAAUAAUGCUUUUACACACACAUGUAAAUGUGGAAUAUAUAUUAUCUAUAUUUUAUAUGUUUUCAAAUGAAACAUCUUUCAUAUAUGAAAUGAUUGUGAUGAUCAUAUAUGAAUAUUUGUAUAAUAGUCAGUUUUGAAAACAUUGCCGCAGAUAUGGAAACGGCCUAUGUUUAUUAAUCGUAUAGAAUUAGAUAAAAAUGAGUAAAGUUCCAUAAUUUCAGUAAGCUGCCAUACAAGAAAUAACUUUAUUUUUCGACGAGUGUAGCUAGAUAUAGUAUAGAAUUUAUGUUACGGUAUUAAAAAUGAUAUUGAUAAUAAUAAUGUUAACAAUGCUAUAGUAUUACUUAUGAUAUGAAGACAAUUAACAUGGCGCUCUUGUAAUCUAAAUAUAAGAGUUUGAUUAUAUAGAAAUCUUUUUAGGAUAUAACAUAAUAAAAUAUAUCACAAAUAAUAUUAAUUUUUGACCUAAAGAGAAAAUCAUAAUUCUUGCACGAGAAUGUUCCAAUUUUUGCAUUGUACACUAGUAUUGCAUUGUAUACUAGUAUCUAGUAUCUCACAAAUUAAACUACAACAGUAAGAUUAUUUUUGAGACAUAAUAUUAUAUAAAAGUAUUCUCUUAUAUUAAUUUAUUUGUAUUUUGUAUUGAAAUUGUUUAUAUAUGUGAAUGAUUGUUUCAAAGAAAAGAUUGUCAUUGUGAACGUUAAUAUUUAGAUUAAUGCAAUUGAUUAGUAGAUUGCAAAUAUUUUAAAUGAGAAAAUUUGUGCAUGUAAAUUAUAUCAAAUUUUCAAAAAGCAAUAUAAUGUACUAUUAUUAUUUAAUAAUAUUAUUUAAUAAUAUUUUUUAUUUGUUAUGAAAAGCUAGAGUAAUACACUUUUUAUAUAAUUGCUAUAUAACGAAUGCGAAGAUAUUGCAGAUAAUAUAAAAAGAAUUAUCUUCAAUUAUCUUCAAAAACUUUAUAUUGCAAAAUAUAAUAUUAUCCAAUGCUUGUGAAACCUAUUAUUAUAAUGAUAGAAAAAAAAUUUGCAUACAUGAAAAAAAAGUACAUAUAGAGUUGGAAUGAAGAUAAUUAACCAGUUCAUAUAUUUACAUAAAUAAAUAUAUUUUGUUAACAUUCCAUUUUUUAGGACAUAGCCAUUUGCUAUUAAUAUUCCAUUAUUUUAUAAUUUUUUUAUUUAAUUAAUGAUAUAUUUGAAACUUAAUUUUUUGUUUGACUUGUUUAUAUCCAAUAUGUAAGAUUUAUUUAACUAAUUUAUAUUAAAAUGAAUAGUGUAUUUUGUGAGAAAAAUGUCCAUUGCACACACUUAUUAAAAGAUGUCUCAUUUGUGUAUAGGUUUUCUUAAUACAAUUAUUGUACAUCAAAUAAGCAUAAUAGGGAAUUAAAUUAAUGGAAAGCUAUAAUGUUUUAUAUAUAUAAUCAUUAAUUUCAUACCAAAAGAUUAAUUCCUUAGAUAAGAUGAAUCACAUAGAUAUAUGAUAUAUUGCCAAUGAUAAUUCUUAUUAGAUAUUACUACUUAGAAGUUAAAAAAUGUGAUUGUGUAUUCUUUUACUUAAUGAAUUUCUAAUGUGUUUGAUAUGAUGGCAAUAUUCUUUUAAAAGUCAAGCAAUAUUUUCCUAACGCGCGAUAAAAUAAAUUUGCAGUUUCGUUGUUUGUAUAUAGUUAUUUUAAGAAUAAUUCUAUAUAACAAUAACAAUAUAUAGUUGCAUUCCGUUUCAAGCAUGAUGCAUCAUUUAUUUCUGUUUAACAUUCACAUUAACAUAUGAAAAAAAAAAAUAAAUGAGACGAUGCAUUAUGCGCACCAUGCAUGAAACGAAACGCACACUAUGUAAUAUGCAGCGCGUACGUAUACGUACACAGAAUAUCUCACAUAAGCAUUUAAUUCCUUUUAUUUUUUAAAUUAAAAGAGAUAGAUAAAAAAUAUAUAAACAAAUAUAACAAUGUAUUUUGACAAUUAUUUUAUAAAUUAUUGUAUAAGUUUUGUGAUUUGUGUGAAAUUAGCAGGUAAUUUCUUUUAUCUUUUCAUUUUCGCAGUGUUAGUCUACUUUCAAUUCCUACAUUAAUUUUGUAAUUGAUGAUGAUUGAGUGUUAAGUUACUAAUGUAGUAAUCGAAAAUUAGACUGUGGGAUAUUUUGUGCAUAUGUAUUAUUAUAUAUUCAUUAUACGUUCAAAUUUUCGAAUGUCUGCUGCGAGCGCACUUAUUUAUUGAUAUUGUAAUUUAGAUUGUAUUUCUUGCAAUUAUGAUCGAGAAUAAAUUUCCCGUCAGUUUCAGCCUCA